UCACAGAACACGGACGUCUGGGUCGCAGCGACCACAGAAAAAAUGUAACUUUCUGCAAUUUCAUUUUUUGCAGGUCCGAUGCCCGGGCCGAGCUCCAUGAUGUCUGGACCUCCCAUGGCACCCCGGAUGAUGCCCAACAUGCAUCCAGCAGCUGCACCACCCCAACCCCAACCCCCACAGGCAGCAAUGCCCCCCAUACCAGGUGGGAUGAUGGCAGCGCGACCGCCAUUGGCUCCAAAUGGCAUGUAUCCAGCGCCACCACCCCAGCCACAGGCGCCACCACCCAACGACGGACCAACACCCCUCCUAUGGUGCCUCCCGCCACAGCGGCCCCAUAAGCGGGUAUCGCCGGAGAGCCGCGCCCAGCCCACCUCUCCCAGUUGUCAUUUUGUACCCGGAGUGAGGAGUUUUUAUACAGACGGAUCUGCGUUCUUGACCAGUGAAAUGACUGCAGGCCCUCACUUUUUAGAGUAUUUAUUGGAGAAUGGCGCCAAUCCAUGCGUACUGCUGAGAGUUUGCGUGUUCCAUUCCCCGCCCCCAACCUCGGCAUCCAACACUGAUUCCAGAUUUUUUCUUUUCUCAAAAUGCCAUGUUUUUUGUUUUGUUUUUUUUUUUUUUUUUUUUGGUUUU